GAAUUAUGCCAACGAACCGCGUCGUACUUUUAUGAAAGUGAUUACGACGUUUAUUACCCUUUAUUAUUCUAGAUCGUUUUGUUUAUUGCUGUCACUGGAUUGCAUAACGAGGUUGAAGUAUCCAUGUGUCAUUCUGUGAGGAACACAUGACGCAGCCUGAAAUGGAAGUUGACAAGCCAAUUGGCUGUCAUACAGCAGACAAUGAACAGAGCGUGGUAAACGGCAUGCGUGAGAGCGAGGGCAACGUCACGACUGCAGAAGCAGAUGCAACUGAUGGCGAUGGCGAUAGCGACAUUCUCCACGGAUGUGGCCAGAAAUGUGCCACACCCAACAGCAGCACCAGCAUCAAUGCAUCCGCCGUCAAGCAUGAGUCGACCGAUAGCAGCGCGGUGCUGACCACACCUGUCACGUCACCACCACUUCAUGGCAACGGUGAUGCCUGCGUGGACGCGGGCGCGGGCAACACCCUAGCUGAGGAAAAUAAUGAGGAUGAUAAUGACAAUGAGGCAGCGUUAAAAAUCGAUGAAGCAGUCAGUGCCGCGGUUAAAUCGACAAGCCGGUCGGAUGACAACAUCCAGGACGACGACCUCGAGCUACUGGAAAAUGAGGCGAGCCCGUCGAGCAAGAACAGCGAUGACCUCAACGUGACUGCCAGCGAUGACAACGAGGAGGUUGCUCUCAAGGGCAAUGAUACCGGUACUCCUGUACCGGUCGCUGUCAGGCAGAAAGCUCGGAAGUCUUUCCCGUCGUCAGCGCGUAGUGACACUGCGAGUCCAGCCACGACAACAAGCAUCAGCCCGGCUGGUAGUGCCAGCGCUACACUGUCGCCGCUGUCAGAAGAGGGUGGUGUGCAGAAGCCAAAAGGACGCGAGGGAAGGACUCACAUGUCGAAGCGGUCAAGGUCACAUCUCACUGAUGAAGAGCGAGUCAUCUUGAAAGCUCCCUUCGCGCAUGGCUGGUCGCGAGAGAUCGUGUACAGGCAGACGGUCACGGCAGAGAGCAAGGAGAAGGCACGCGAACUGCUGGCCAGGAGAGCUGCCGAUGUGUACUACUUCACUCCUUUAGGACAGAAACUCCGGUCAGGACCGGCUAUCCAGGAAUACCUGACAGCGCAUAAGGUGGAUGCCCUAACAUUGGAGAACUUCUCAUUUGGCAAGUACUUGGUUGGAGACCCCAAUGAGAUCGAAAGGUUUGCGAAGGCACAGAAACGUGCCAACCCAGCACAGGUGCAGCAGCACAAAUCUAUGCUGGAUGCAGCCAGAGUGCGCAAGAAGAAGAAAUUGGAUCCGGACACCUACCCAGGCUAUUCCACAAAGCACAGCACAAAAACCAAGCCAACCAGUGUGAAACCCAUCCCUGUUACACAACCCAAGUCAGGUGCCACCCUCUCCCAGGUCAGCACAUCAAUAGGAAACUUUGCCAGAUCUCAAGCGGUGGGCACCCCUGGCUGGAGGGCUACCGUCCCAUCGCUAAAGACUCAGAAAGCUGUGAAAUCAUUUCCACGAUCAAAUGUGAAUUCCCUGGUGUCACAGCCAAAUGCUAUCAGGAUCGAGACACGCCCGGAUGUCAUGUGCUCAAUCAACUGCCCGGGACAGGCGGGAGUACCGCCAACGCUACAUUGCGGUGUCUGUUUGUGCCUUUAUCAUCCGAUGUGUGUUGGCUUUAUUGGGAGCACCCGCGAAUCUCUUUUUGUCUGCCUGAAAUGUGCUGACAAUGUCAAGAGGAGUGGACUACCAUCAUCAACAGAGAAAGGGAAGAUGCUUGGAGCGUUGAGCAUGCCACCUAGUAGCUGGAUGGUGACUAAGAAUGACGUGGGACAGUUGAAGUCGCCUGUGAAGUCACCUUGGCGAACAGAACUGGGAAACCAAGAUGCGUCGAAUACUCUGAGGACCCUCUCCAACUAUUCUGUCAAGGCCAUGACAGGGAUUACCUCGCCAUCUGUGAUCACAACUGUUGCCGGUGUCAUUCCCCCUCCACCACCACUGAGGGCUGCACCUGUUUCGACGACGCAGUCGUCAGCCCAGCAACGCGGCGUCCUGCCAGCACCGCCUAACAUCGUGUACGCCCGCGGUACCAAGCUGAAUGCACCGCUCAUCGCAUCUGUCAGCAAGGGGCAAACAGUCGGCUACACACAGCCGCCGCCGCCGCGCCUAUUAGUGACAACACAGCACCAGCAGCAGCAGCAGCAACAGCUGAUGCACGUGGGCAGCAUCAACAUGCAACGGCCGGUGAUUUCUAAAGCAGUGGCGAGUGCGGGUGGCCAGAGACAGAGCAUGAUGUCGACAAGCAACGUUCAGAUCCUGCCCACCGCUGCAGUUCGGCAGCAGGCGGUUUCGGCGACUGAAGACAAUCUAGUUCCCGCGAUGGGAGCUCCGACGAAAGUCGUCCCGGUGAGCAGCCAGGUUAUGUGCGCGGCGACGCGGCCACCGCGGUUAACAGCGGCAACGACAGGUCAGCCUCGACUUCUCCCUGCGAACACGCCGCCACUGCUCGCAUCGACGCAGCGGCCCACGAUGGCCGUGCCAGGUGCCCCGCAACCGAAGGUGGUCGUCACUGGCAACCAGAACUACGUCGUGCGCACCGGCACAUCGCUGCUGCCGCAGGGCAUGUACAUCAUUCAGCCGGGAGGUGGCGCCGGCGGGCCUCCCGCGUGGACCGCGCCGGCAUCCCGAUUCGUCCUGCAGACGACGCAGUCUGUCGGGACGCGACCGGCGACGAAGACAGUUGUUAGCAUUGCGCCGAACGCGCGGAAUAACGGCAAGGUGGCGAAGAUCGGGGUGCCGUCUGUAGUGCGCGUCGCAAAGGCGCGGAAUGCCGGCAUCAACCCGGCGGAGUGCUUCAUACAGAAGUUGCAUGUCGGCUUUGACGUGCUGCUGCAGAUCUUUUCCAACCUGUCCUACUGUGAUCUGUUGAGCGUUAGCUGCACCUGUCGACUGUGGCACAACAUCGUCAAAGACCCGUCACUGUGGAAGAGAGUGUGCCUCAGGGGUUGCAAGGUCAGUAGUUGGAAGCAGAUCACAAAUCGGAUGAAGAAGUAUGGAUCUGUAAGUCUGGAUCUUCGGGAUGUGAGGCUAUGUCCGGACUCUCAGAAGUUGUGGCAGAAGUUUGAGGAGCUGGUUAGAGCUGUGCCAACACUAAAGACAUUAGAUUUCGGACAUGUUCCCUCCUCUCUGCUGCAGUCUCUUGCUGAAAUGACAGAGUUGCGUCAGCAGCUACAGCAUCUUACCGCUGACAACAUCAUCACAAAUACCAUGGAUGCAGAAAACCUGAACAGCGUUGUUGACCUGGACCUCGGGAAGUUUGGACAGCUGUCAUCCCUCCGAGUGCUCACACUACGAGGCAUGAUUGGAAUAAAGCUGCCAGAGAUAGUCUUUAGUGAAGGCCUGGCAGCUCUGGCUCAGCUCAAGCAAUUGAGAGACUUGUCGCUGACUAACAUGCGAGAGAUUCCAGACAAUGAGUUUGAAUUUCUCGGAAGCAUGACUGAUCUAGUGUCGCUAGAGAUUGGAGACUGCCGAUGUUGGACAUCUGAGAUCUACUACGAGCUGGGCAAGCUGUCAAAUCUGAAACACCUACGAUUAGAGUCUGGUGGUGAAAUACCUGAUAUUGGUCUUGCAGACUCGCUAAGUAAUCUCACUGAGCUGGAGUCGCUGGAGUUGGUCAUGUUCACGAUUGCUGACACGCUGUCGACCGUGCUGCCACUGAUGCCCAAACUGCGCGUGCUUAACAUCUGGCCUGACGUGGAGCAGGCUGCCGUUGUCAACAUGAACGUCUACAAUCUCGUCUCAACGCUGCCGAAGCUGACGCACUUUGACUGGGGCGUCGCCUGCGAGCGGGACGCGGGCGGUCAGCAGCCGUUGCAGCCGAUUCCGUUCGCGUCUGUGCCGCCGGCUGCACUCUCGAAGGACAGCGACGCGAAGGAUGCCACGGACUACAUGACAGUCAACCAGCUGAUACACAGCCUGUGCUUGCUACUUCCGCAAACGAAGAUCCGGGUGCUACGCGUGCCCAUCGUGACGACGGUCAAACCAGCCACGGCCGACGCAGUCGAUGACCGCUGACGUCACACUGUCAUGUGAUACUCCUGAUAUCUAUCGGUGUUACUAUCAAUCAUGUGGUACUCUUGAUACCUAUCGAUGUUACUAUCAUUUGGUACUCUUGACAUCUCCAAUUCACACUGUCAUAUAAUACUUUUGAUAUUCAUCAGUGUCACACUUGAUAGUUGUAGUGUCUCCAGUUCUCACUGUCAUGUGAUACUCUUGAUAUCUCUACUUGUUUCUGUAACGUGACAGUUCUGGCGAUGACAGCUGUACAUGACUUUCCAAUACAUGCCAUUUUCACUAUGAUGUGGCAGUUCUGAAGAUGACAGUCCUAUAUGACAUUCCCGGUGCACACCAUUGCCACCCUGAUGUAACGGCCGUGCAGGUUUCUAAUGAAAAACUGUGAUGGCACAAUUGCAAUGAGAACUAGUUUCACGGUAAUGUCACAGUGCUGGUGGUGAUGUUUGUCACCGUGUCGUGUCAAUCAACACCGAUAUCACCGUGAUAUGCGAUUCCUCUUGACAGCUGGUGAGACCAUCCUGUGAUGAUUUUAUUAUCACUUAUUCGCUUCACCUACGCAAAUCUUAUCAAGCAGCAUCUUGUGUACCGAGUAGAGUUUUGCACACACUGGCAAUGUGUAUCAUAAGGCAUCACGUACAGCGCGCACUAAAACCAAAUCUUCCCACUUAACACGUUGCUAAGGAAGAGUUUGCACUGCUUAUUAGUUCCGUCAUUAUAAGGAUCGCCAUUCGCUGUGCUGCACGACAUAAAGGUGAGCAGAAAAUACUGUGAGGCUUAGAAGGUGGCUCGUGUUAUUUCUGGCGAUAGCCUUUGUGGUCGUAGGUCUACCUAUCCAUCGGAUAAUGACGCUAAUGAAUACGUAUACACUAGUGAGAGCAAGGUGCACAAGAAUCGUAGCACUGAAUGCAGACCUGUCACGGCUGCUGUACCACCCAAUCGACCCAGCCUCUCGCCCACAUAGCUCCGAUAGUCUCCCAAGUGUGUUAUGCUUCACAUAGGCUAGCGGAUGCUGCUGUUGCUGAGCCCUGCCUAAUCGUAUGUAAAACUGGCUGAAGCGAACAUCUAUUGCAAACGUGGUGCAGCCAACGUUAUUAACAUUUAAAAAAAAUUCGCGUUCAUUACGAUUGAAUUGCUCUAUCGGGGGUAUUGAGGUUUUCUCGAGUAUCUCAUUAAAGAUGCUAGAAAUCUGACGUUUAAUCUUGUCAAGAAUUUGUUUGAUGAUGAAAACUUGUUGUUUUGCUAAGAAAUUACACCAAAUCUAAUACUAAAUACAAUCAAAAUAUCGGUCGCUUCCACCAAUGCCACAUUGAAUAUUCUCUUUUUAUUUAUCCGUUUUAUAUUAUAUUAUAUUUUAUAGUGAUCUUGGUAAAUACAUAAUACAGGUCCAAUAAUUUAGGCCACUGGUUUAUUCCCACCUAGUGUUUAAACGAUGUACAUGCGAUCAUAGAUAUAUGAAAACGUGUUUGUAUAUAUAUAUAUCUAUGAUGGGGUGCAUCAUGCGCUUGCUUCACAUGCAAGUAUUGCGUAUUGAAGCCAUUCUUUCAGUUAUCCUUUCUAUUGCUAAAAUAUGUUUGCCUGCAGGUUUGCUAUAAAUCUUAUGUAAAUGCUUUGAAUUAGUCGAGAAAAAAUUGCAACGUUUAUUCCGCGAAUUAUAGAUUAAAUUGCAGUAUAUAAUAAACCUAUGAAGAUUCGCUACGUCACUAGAACGUUGUAGCUCUAAUUUUAUUCUGUGCAGAAAACGGCUGUAGAUGUGUAAUUGAAAGCGUACCUAGGUUAGUCACCAUAACUAACCCUUGUUUUGUUUGUGCAUUAAUUAAAAAAGAGCCCACCCAACAUGUGAUCAUGGCAGUAGUAUCAGGUUUGUAUGCAUACGUGCAAAUUCACUCGUUGUGUCUGCGUUAAAUAGUUGAUUGACCAUUGAUCGUAGAAACCCCUUAUGUUGGCAAAGAAGCACGGCUUUUCUGUUUCAUGUUCAUUACGUAAAUAUCUCGUUUCAGUCACUCGGCGUAGUACAGUGUGAACGUCACGCCUCCACAAAUAAUGAGUUCAUGAAAAUGGUAACAGCUCAUAUAAUGUGCCGCGGAAAAGCACGUGCCUGUUGCUAAGCACGAGCUUGUACUAACAAGAUAUAGUCAUAACCAAUACGCGUAAUAAUUCGAAUUUUUAAUGUUACUGUAAUAAAUGUAUAAAUGACAUCAAUCGGUAUCGGUAUGCGUGCUUAUUAUCAAGAGUCCAUAAUAGAAUGGACUAUUGAUAUGGACUCUUCUAUUAUGGACUUUUGAUAUUAUAAUAGGCUAUGACCCUAAAUGCGCGUGUAAUAUUGGUCACAGUGGCGCCCCUUAUUGCUCUCGUGUUACUUGGUCCGGUCUCCUCCCCUGUGCCUUCCUAUCGCCAACAACACUACUGUCGAACAAACUAACAAUUUUCGUGUCUUCAGUGAGCACCGUAUUUAGGCUUGCCUGUGAAAAAUAUCCUCGUUCUUGCUGCUCACUCGGAAUGUUCCCGAUCGCGACAGAGAUGGGAAUAAGACGAUUUACCGUGGAUGUAACGCCGUUCAUGUCCCUGCUAUGGCUUUGUAGUUAGGAGAAGUUAAUCGCGGGUAUGUGCGGAUGCGAUGUGAUUGCCGUGUGUGAUUUUCCCGCCAUGUAUAUAAUUAAGGGAUGAGACUAUUAUAGCGUACAUGUCUCGGUGAGAAAACCGUACAUGGAGGUAUUGAUCGAUGAUAUCUCCUGGGAAUGAGAGUUGUCUGUCAAACUAAUUACGAUCACGAUCGCCAGAGCCUGUCAUAAACACACCGUCUCGUGUAUCAUCGCAUUUUUCGUAGAUGUAAUAAUACGGGCGGUGAAUACCAAGAGCAUAUAAUAAACGCAUUUUUAACUGGUAAUAAAUCGUUGUAUUAUAUUUUCGUGGCAGGUCAAGUAAUGUACAGGUACAGAUUAUUUCUUUAUAGAAGUGCAUGGCUCGAGAUAGAUUUGUUCGGUCGCAAUUUCAAGGUGGGCAAGGUAUUUUAUGUAUUCUAUCGAUAAGAUUUAAUAAAUGUGAAAUUUAUUCAA